AUGUCUGCCGCUGCCAGAGUUGUCCGCCCCUUUGCCUCGCGCGCCCUCUCCCAGAAGCUCCCAUUGAGCUCCGCCCGCAUGGUCUCUCCCACAGCAGGUUUCCCGCGGGGAAGCAUCCGGAGCUUUUCGCAGAGCCCUUUCUUGGAGGUGAAGAAGUACACCGAGUCUCACGAAUGGAUCGAGCUCGCCGAUGACGGCAAGACGGCCAAGAUCGGAAUCACAAAGUACGCCGCCAAGUCGCUCGGCGACGUCGUCUUCGUUGAGCUCCCGCCGGCCGACCUCGAGGUCAGCGCUGGCGAGCCCGUCGGCGCCGUAGAGUCCGUCAAGUCUGCCUCCGAUGUCCUUUCUCCCGUCUCCGGUACGGUGAUCCAGGGGAACGCCAUCCUUGAGGACAAGGCCAAGUUCAUCAACGAGAGCCCUGAGGGUGAUGCUUGGAUCGCGGAGAUCUCCGUCAGCGACGCCGCUGAGUUCGACGGCCUGCUGGACGAGGCUGCCUACAAGGAGACUAUUGAUGAGGAGUAG